ACAGUGACUACAACUGGUUGAAAGAUGUUUGUUGUUGCUUAAAAAUAGUAAACCGUUUUAUGAUGAGAAUUGUGAAGUAGUUUAAUAUCGAAAGUGUUAAAAAUAGAUCAGUCGCAUAAAGUAGAGACAUCGUUUAUAAGUGGUUAUUAACUGUUUGUUAUUAAAACAUUCCUUUUAUAGUCUUCCAAUUUACUUCCAAGGUGAACAAGGUUAAAGAGUACAAAAAUGAGUUUUACGUUGAAUCCUGCUAAGCCCCAAGCCACUGCUACUCCUGCAACUGGCACCCCAACUACAACUUUUGCGUUUGGAGCAACUGGUGCUGGAGAUGCAACAAAACCAACAGGGUUCUCAUUAACCCCUACACCUGCACAAAAUAAACCUGGAGGUGUAUUUGGCGCUGGAUUAACUAAUACUCCUCCUCAGAAUACUGGAUUUAAUUUAGGAGCACCUAUUGGUACUCCUGGAAGCACUUUGCCUUCGCAGACUCCUGGUUUAGGAUUUGGUAUUGGUACACCUGCGAGUACACAGGGUGCAACUCAGGGUGUAGUUACCUCAGCAAUACCUGUAGGAUUCCCUGCAGCAGCACCAGCUGGGAAUACUUUAGGCUUUAAUCUAGGAGGCACCACUACUGCUACAACAACAACUGCAACAACCACAUCAGCAUUUGCAUCCAAACCACUCACUAGUGGAUUUGGUUUGGGAGCUGGUGAGGCAGUUUCAUCUACUACAACAACUGGACUAACAUUUGGCACACCAAAUACAAUGGCAGUAGGAACUGGAUUUGCUAUUCCAGCUUCAACUGCUGCAACAACAGCAUCAGCCUUAACAACAGCUCCAGCAACAGGUUUCUCUUUAAAUACAAGUACAACAACUUCUGCACCCACUGGAUUUGCCUUUGGCACAAGUACAGCAGCAGCUACAACAACAGGAUUUUCUUUAAAUAAAACUUCUGCUGCACCAAGCUUUACAACUCCUAGUUCUCAAGUAUCAUUGGGAACAACUACCACGGUCAGUUCAUCUGCAAGUACAUUCCAACCAGCCUCCAUAAGUUCAUUCGAAGAAUCUAUCAACAAAUGGACCCUGGAACUGGAAGAACAAGAGAAAGUAUUCGUAAAUCAGGCUGCCCAAGUGAAUGCUUGGGAUAAAUUGCUGAUAAGUAAUGGAGAAAAAAUAGUAACGCUCAAUCAGGAAGUUGAAAGAGUAAAAAUUGAACAACAACAGCUGGAACAUGAAUUGGACUAUGUCGUUGGCCAACAAAAGGAAUUACAGGACUGUUUGGUACCAUUAGAAAAGGAAUUAGCAUCUCUUUCAGUUUCCGAUCCAGAAAGAGAGUACACGUAUCGUUUAGCGGAGGAUCUUGAUACACAAUUAAAACGAAUGUCGGAGGACUUAAAAGAAAUUAUCGAACAUUUAAAUCAAGCUAAUCGUACUCAAGAUUCUAGCGAUCCUAUCGUUCAGAUCGGCAAAAUACUGAACGCUCACAUGAACAGCUUACAAUGGAUAGAUCAACAAACGUCGUUACUUAAUCAAAAAAUACAACAAAUAGAUCAGAUGCAUCAGAACUUUAGACAGGAAAAUGAACGAAGCUUUAACUUAGCUUACAAUUAAUUCAAAUCGCCAA